GAUAUACCCAUUCAGUUCAUCUGCAGUUUUCUUGCCCAGAGCACAGAAAUUUGUUUGAAAAAUUCUAUAAACUUGCAUAAUUUUUGAGUUAAAAAAUAUAGUUAAAAUGAAAACUCCACUUAGCCAGAAGACUGGAUUCUUUGCCGAGUACUAUCUAAAGCUUAAGGAUCAAGCGGGAUCUAGCUGCGAGUCGGACAUAGCCAAGUUAUCAGCUUGCAAGAGCGAUGAGGAGCGCGUGGCCUAUGUGGAAAAGUUGCCCUGGGUGCAGGCGGGGGAUGCCAACCUGGUGGUGAACCAAGAGUUCGCCGGUAAGAAUGCUUCUCUGACCGCGGAGAUCAAGGAGCGGGCCACAGCAGCCUUUAAGGCCAAAAAGUGGCUGGAGGCUAUGAUGCUCUAUACCAGAAGCUAUGUGGCGCUGCCCAGUGGAAAUGUGGCAGAGAUUCGUAUUGUCUUGGCCAAUCGAUCAGCGACUUUGUACCACAUGCAGAAAUAUCAAGAAUGCCUGAUUGAUAUAAGGAGAGCUCUAGAUCUUGGAUAUCCCAAGGACUUGAUCUAUAAACUGUACGAACGACAAGCUCGUUGCUACAUGGCCCUUAAAGAUUAUCCCCAUACAAUUGAAUCUUUCAAAAAAUGCAUCACCGCCAUGGAUGACUCUACCUUGACCUCUGAUAAGCGGGCCAAGCUUAAUCUCGAUGCCAUGACCAUGAUCAAGAUGCUGCAACAUGAUCCACGCACAGCUAAGCAAGAGGCCAAGCAGCAAAAGCAAAAGAUAGCAUUGGAUCAGGCCAGGCCAGUGAAGUUGGAGAACGAAUUCGUGAGUCCUUUGGUGAGGAUCGAUAGCAACCGACAGGAGGGUCGUUUUGCCAGAGCCUCGGCAGAUGUAAAGCCCGGUGAAGAGCUAUUGGUGGAGCGACCAUUUGUGUCCGUUUUGCUGGAGAAGUUUGCUAAGACCCACUGUGAGAACUGCUUUGUUCGAACUGUAGUACCUGUGGCCUGUCCUCGUUGUGCUGAUGUUCUAUAUUGCUCUGAGCAAUGUCGCGAAGAGGCCUCCAAGAAGUAUCAUAAGUACGAGUGUGGCAUAAUCCCGAUUCUCUGGCGAUCUGGUGCCUCCAUCAACAACCAUAUUGCUUUGAGAAUCAUUGCCAGCAAGCCGUUGGAUUACUUCCUGAACUUAAAGCCAACUAUUGAUGAUGUUCUGACACCAGAGCAGCUUAUAAGCCUUCCCAAAGAUGACUUCCGAAGAGUGGCUCAAUUGGAGAGACAUCAGGGUGAACGUCAGCCCUCUAACUUCUUUCAGCACGUCUUGAUGGCCAGAUUUCUGACCCAGUGCCUUCGUGCUGGAGGUUACUUUGGAUCGGAACCCAAGACAGAUCAGGUGUCAAUCAUUUGCUCCCUGGUAUUGCGCAGUCUGCAGUUCAUCCAGUUCAAUACCCACGAGGUGGCGGAGCUUCAUAAAUUCAGCUCCUCUGGCCGAGAGAAGUCCAUCUUCAUCGGCGGAGCCAUCUAUCCCACUCUGGCCCUGUUUAAUCACUCUUGUGAUCCUGGCGUGGUGCGAUAUUUCCGUGGCACAACCAUUCAUAUUAACAGUGUUAGACCCAUCGAAGCUGGACUACCGAUCAAUGAGAACUAUGGACCUAUGUACACCCAGGACGAGCGUUCGGAGCGACAGGCUCGUUUGAAGGAGCUCUACUGGUUCGAGUGCUCCUGCGAUGCCUGUAUUGACAAUUGGCCCAAGUUCGAUGAUCUUCCCAGAGAUGUGAUUCGCUUCCGUUGCGAUGCUCCAAAUAAUUGUGCUGCGGUAAUUGAAGUGCCACCCAGCUGCAAUGACUUUAUGGUGAAGUGUGUUACCUGUGGCGAGAUAACCAACAUCCUGAAAGGUCUAAAGGUCAUGCAGGAUACCGAGAUGAUGACGCGCACAGCCAAAAGGCUCUAUGAAACCGGAGAGUACUCAAAGGCCCUGGCUAAGUUUGUUGAUCUAAUCAGGAUCAUGUAUGAAGUUUUGGCUCCUCCUUUCCCUGAUUUUUGCGAGAGUCAGCAGAAUCUCAAGGACUGCUUCCUCAAUUUGGGCAAUGUCUAUACUUUGGACUAGAGUGGAGGUCUUAAAGAAGAUGAAAAACAAUAUAAAUAUUAUUUACUUUGAUUUUCAAAUAAAAAGAUAUAUGUUUCUGAAAAAUAAAUGAAGGUUUUUACAAGAUUAGUUGUUUUUUUCAAAGAAUAGAAGAAAUAUUUUAAAUGCUAUACAAUCUUAGCUUAGAGAGUAUAGACUAAUGUUAUUGAUAAGGAAACCCAUUCUGUUGUUGAAAUAAAUUAAAGAAUUCCGUGAACCCAA